AAUGCGCGCGCGCACCGACGCCUUGACGCCAAAAUGUUAAUAAUAAAACGCGUGUCGUGCUUCUAAAAAUACAUUAAAGUGAUUAACAUUCAUAAAUAAUGUGAACAUGAAAUAAUAUGACGCGUUCCCUCGGUGAGAAUUACCUUUGAAACGAUGUUAAAAAUAUUGACCUGGCCAAUUAGAAGCUUUUCAAGGAUACUCAUAUUUCUGAUACUUAUCUACGCUUGGUCGCUUCUAAGUCUAUACAACACUAAGCUGUAUGACAUUAGAGCUAAGCGGAAAGAAAUACUUUCAUUCACAAAUCACAGGGAUUUUAAAUAUAUUCUCCAAUGGACGCGCCGGUUCAGCGCCCCUUUCGAUUACCUGAGCGAGGGCAACGCUGCCUUUAUAAAAAACAAAUGCAAGCACAAAAACUGUUAUGUCACAGAUGAUAAAAACUAUUUCCUCGAUCAAAGGGAAUUCGACGCUAUCGUUUUCAACGGUAGAGAUGUGAUAAACCUGUGGCCGUUCCAAAUGCCGGCACAAAGGUCCCCGAAACAGAAGUAUAUAUUCGGCGCUAUGGAAUCUCCGGAUAAUUUUCCGGCGUGCGACGAAAACUUAGAUGGAUUCUUUAAUUGGACGUGGACGUACAAAUUGGAUUCGGAUUUCCGAUGGGGUUACAUAACGAUAUUCGAUUUGAAUGGGACGAUAGUUGGGCCGAAUAUUGGGAUGGAGUGGCCGGAGCGUAUGCAAGAAAUUAGUGAUGAAUUGAAGACCAAAUUGUCGAGCAAAACGAAAGCGGUGGCUUGGUUCGUGUCCCAUUGCUCUACGAAGAGUGGUAGAGAGAAUUUUGUGUCUGAUUUGGAUGAUGAGCUGAAUAGAUAUGGAUUAUCAGUUGAUGUUUAUGGUAGUUGUGGGAAAUUGAGCUGUCCCCGCAGUGACGAGCGUUCGUGCUUCAAGAUGAUUGAGGACAAAUACCAUUUUUAUUUGUCGUUCGAGAAUUCCUUCUCAGAGGACUACGUGACUGAGAAACUGUUGACUGCUUUGAACAAUUACGCAGUGCCCAUUGUUUUUGGUGCCGCGAACUACACGAGAUUUGUACCGGAAGGCAGUUACCUCAACGCAAGGGAACUGGGGCCAAGGAAACUUGCGAAAGCUAUUAGUGACAUUAUCGCAAAUAAAAACAGAUACUACGACUUCUUUCGAUGGCGCAACUAUUUUGUGUAUAAAGAAACAGAUGAAGUAGAUGUUUGCCAUCUCUGUGACAUGCUGAAUAACGAACAAAAAGUAAAUGAAAUGACUGUGUGGCAGGACUUCCGAAUCUGGUGGAAUGGAGCUAGAUAUAAGGAAAACUGUUUUUAAUAACAUAACCUAAACAACAAACCUAAAAUUCACACAAUAUCCGCGGGUAAUCCACGGAUGGAUGCUGAGGAAUGAAUUUCAGUUCAGUUGAGUCAAUUAGCCAGCAACCAAGAUCCAGGCUUCUCACAAAGACUAACUUGAAUUAAGUACCAACCUAUGCUGAUUGCCAAAAAAAUCAAAAUACCUGUAUAGGUAAUGGAGAAAGCCAAUGCAAUUUAAAAAAGUUACGAUUAUCAAGUAAAACAUGAAAACUUAAUUCAAAAUAAUUAAUUAAGUCGUUACUUACCUUAUUAUAACUGUUAUGAAUUGUACCUAUAAUAUUGUAUAUUUUUUUUAAUUAUUAAAAAAAGAAUAACUUGCA